AUCACUUGCGUUCCCUGUUAUGUCUCAAACUUCAGUGGGGUCAUGAAGAAGAAAUCCGCCAACACGUUCCCCAUACAUUCAGAUUUUGCUAACGUGAUCCCCAUUUCAGGCUGCUUGCCCGUCUUUAAUCCUAAUAUCGUAAUUGUAUUUGUGAAAGAAUACAGGAAUUUCAUACUCGUUGUCUUAAAAUUGAGGAAACCUUCUGAGCAGACAGUGAAACUGUUCUUUCGAAUAAUCACU